GUUAACUGUUACUCGAGCAUUUUUCACAUUCAUCUUUCUCUCUCUCUCUCUCUCUCUCUCUCUCUAGCUUUCUUUUCUUUUCUUUCUUCUCUUUUUUUUUCUCUUUCUUGGAGAGAUUGGGCACCUGGGAAGCUCACGUCGGUUGGAGAAGGAAGGAGAGAGUCGAAGGAAAACGAAAUGGCGAAAUCGAGCGCGGACGACGAGGAGCUAAGGCGAGCUUGUGAGGCCGCAAUCGAAGGCACGAAGCAGAAGAUCGUGAUGUCGAUUCGCGUCGCUAAAAGCCGCGGGAUCUGGGGUAAAUCUGGCAAAUUGGGCCGUCACAUGGCUAAACCGAGGGUCCUGGCUCUCUCCAUGAAAUCAAAAGGUCAGCGGACUAAAGCUUUUUUGCGAGUCAUGAAGUAUUCUACAGGUGGCGUUCUUGAGCCUGCUAAGCUUUACAAGCUGAAACAUCUUUCAAAGGUGGAGGUUAUAACUAAUGACCCCAGUGGAUGUACUUUCACUUUGGGAUUUGAUAACCUCAGAAGUCAGAGUGUUGCACCACCUCAGUGGACCAUGCGCAACAUUGAUGACAGGAACCGCCUUUUACUAUGUAUCUUGAACAUAUGCAAAGAUGUACUUGGUCGUCUUCCCAAAGUUGUUGGUAUAGAUGUUGUGGAGAUGGCUCUUUGGGCUAAGGAAAAUACACCCUCAGUUACUACU